CCACAACCAUACAAAUGAGUAACAAAAAGCUAUCCAAAAUCUAAUCUUCUUUUCCUCCGACUCAUCAUCAUCAUUUCCUUUUACUAUAUUACCACCUCUCUCCUACACAUCUUCCUUCUUUCAUCUGCUAUUACAACCUUGACUUUGAUCCUGUCUUGUCACCAUGGCUUCAGCUACUUUCUCUGUCCCCAAACCAUCUCUUCAGGGUUUCACUGACUUCUCAGGAUUGAGAAGCUCCUCUGCAUCACUUCCCUUUGGCAAGAAACUUUCUUCCGAUGAGUUUGUUUCCGCUGUCUCUUUCCAGAACUCUGCAAUGGGAAGCAGUAGUGGAUAUAGAAAAGGUGUGACCGAGGCUAAACUUAAGGUGGCUAUCAAUGGAUUCGGUAGGAUCGGGAGGAACUUCUUGAGAUGCUGGCAUGGCCGUAAGGACUCUCCUUUUGAUAUCAUUGCCAUUAACGACACCGGCGGUGUCAAGCAGGCUUCUCAUCUCCUUAAAUACGACUCUACUCUCGGAAUCUUCGACGCUGACGUGAAACCUUCCGGAGACGCUGCACUCUCAGUAGAUGGAAAGAUCAUCAAGGUUGUAUCUAACCGCAACCCGUCUCUUCUCCCCUGGAAGGAGUUAGGAAUCGAUAUUGUCAUUGAAGGAACAGGAGUGUUUGUGGAUAGAGAAGGUGCAGGAAAACACCGAACGUGUCAGUGGUUGAUCUCGUUGUACAGGUCACCAAGAAGACUUUCGCUGAGGAGGUCAACGCUGCUUUCAGAGAAUCUGCAGAGAAAGAGCUUAAAGGUAUCCUUGAAGUCUGCGAUGAGCCGCUUGUGUCCGUUGAUUUCAGAUGCUCAGAUGUGUCGUCCACCAUUGAUUCUUCGCUAACUAUGGUGAUGGGAGAUGAUAUGGUUAAGGUGAUUGCUUGGUAUGAUAAUGAAUGGGGUUACUCGCAGAGAGUUGUUGAUUUGGCUGACAUUGUUGCCAACAACUGGAAGUGAUUUGAAUGUUUUAUUACAGGUUUCAAACAAUAAUAGUAAUAAUAAUAUACAGAGAUGUAAUGUUGUUAUACAUUUUUGGGUUUUUUUUUUUUGCAAGAAUACACAAUCGUGCAAUGGUC